AUGCAAAAGGUGAUGAUUCGUCAGAAAUCGACGCGGCCCCUGUCCGUCAGGAACGCCACAGUGAUCGGCAAUCCCACGUCGCGUUCCGAUUUCUCAUUGGCGCUGUUUCGCUGGGACUGUGCACCAAAACGGUUCGAACGAGAGACGGGAAUCCCCUCGUACGACAUGAACAGCGCGUCCGUCACUAUUGACGGCGCGCUUUCACUAGAGCUCAAGCUAGAAGACUGCUGUCACCCAGAAAUCAACGAGACGGAGGGUCGAUGUUGCGUGCAGUCGGCCAGGUUGGAGAUGGGACGGAUGGCCUGGGACGACCAGGGUGCCGAUAUCGAUCUGCGGAAACGUUGGAAAGGCUCAAUUGCCCAUGAAUCCUGGGCUUGUGUUGUCUAUGACUUCUGGUUGGACCAUUUGCCACGACCGUCAAAUUGGUAA